UUGGUGGUUUGAUAAAUUGUUCAGAUUCAGGCCAAACAUACGAUAUUACGAUCUGUAUUCCGCUUGCCCUCACUCACAGACGGCGACGGAGACGGAGACGGAGACGGCGACGGAAGCUCUUUUCCUCUCUCGGACGGACCAGUUCACCUUCCUCAGUUAGUUGAGAAUGGCGGGAAUAGCUAUAGCCUUGGAUCUGUUGAGGAAAAACCCAAGUUUAUAUACAGCUCACUCUUCUGGAUUUAUUUCGGCCACGGCUGCUGCCUCUGCUGCCGCCGCCUCUGUGGCUGCGGGAACACCUUAUGCCUACAAAGCUUUGUUUGGUAAUUUCAGGAUACCAAUUGUUCAAUGUGAUGCUGGUGCAGAGUUUUCUAAUGAUUACGCAACUAGUUUCAAAACUGCUUCUGAAAAUUUCUUUCAGAAUGAUGCUCUUAGAUACAGUACCAAGGAGUACAAAAUUCAGUUAAAGCCUCUAUUUUCGGCUUUUGAGCUUAGGACACUAGCGAUGACCUCCUUAAGGUCUUUAUUAAUGUUCUAUUUACCACUUUUGGAGCCUCGUACGAAUUUGGAUGCGGAUGAUGAUGACUUCCUGCAGGAAUCUCAGGAAGAACAGCCUGUAGACUAUGUUGCUCCCUUAAAAAAAUCAGUAAUACAAAUCUGUCGUGAGACUACUAUUGUCACAACUAGACGAAUUUUGGAAAGAAUGGCUGUCCAUCAUGUUUCCCAGCGAAUGGCAUGGAAACUCUUAAAAGAUGUUCCAAAAUCAGCCACACGCAAGGCCAGCAGAGGAAUGCCUGCUUAUGUUUUCUUUUUCAGAGUUGGCAAAACAACUUUCAGAGGGCAUCUUCUAGGAGUUGCAGCAUCAUGGACUGUUCAAGUUGUCAUUGAGUUUUACCGAUUUAUCACUCGCUUGCUGAAUUUGAAAGAAGAGGGUGAUGAAGUCGAGCCAGCAGAACAAGUUAAACUUCUUGGAAAGAAGCUUUCUUCUACUACAAUCAAAUGCGGUUCAUCACUAGUUUUUGCUUCUAUUGGAGCUGGAAUUGGUGCAGUUUUAUUUCGCCCUUCAGCUGGUCAAUGGAUAGGCUGUGCGGCAGGGGAUUUGGUAGGGCCUAUUAUUGUAUCGACUUGCCUUGGAAAAGCCUUUAGUAUUGAAAUUUAGUAGGUACUAAGAGAUAUAUGUUAACAUGUUUUGCUAAUUCUUCAUAUCGAGUAGUGUGAACUUAUGACAUUUUUUACGAUCAGUUUUUAGGAGGAUAAAAAAAAGUGAGAUUCUGAGUUAUUAUUCUCCAUUUCCCCUGAUCUGCGCUUAAGUCAAUAAAUAAGAAUGUUAGGCUUGAACUGCCUUUUCUUGUCUAUUGUAAUUUGUAUUUAUUGAACUGGGCUAAUAUUUUUAGUUCUUAAUUGUA